UCCCCUCCUCCGCCUCACCAGCUGCAGGGCGCCCUGGCUUUCUUCAGGGUUGCUAAGGGAAGGGGGCUCUUGGCGGGUUUCAGACUAGGUAGGCAGAGGACCGAGACCCAGGCGGGGUCCAGCUUGGUCCUGGCAGAUCGAUGGGCGAGGGAGGAGUCCCCUGGUGAGGAGGGUGCAUGCACCCAUGCCGGGCUGAUGCUCAGGACCCCCGGUGCCGCGAGACACAGCUAGGCCUUUCUGCCGCUGCUGUGGAGCCCUGACACUUAAGAGAAAGUUCGCACCGUCGGAGUAGGCUUUUCCCUAAAUGGCAAAUUAGGCGCAAGAUGAGCUCUUUCAGCUUCUGGAGAUGAGAAACAUUUUACUUCCUUGUUGCACCUGCUAAAUGUUACUGAGCAAAUGUGGUUAAUGUGGUUGCUGGUGGUAACUGUUUCAGAAGGUAGUUAUUUUGCAGAAUCAGAGAACGGUGGGGAGAGGAGGAAAGACAACAUUUGGGGGAAAGUAGAGAAUGAGCUUGACUUUGGGGAGAGAGAAUCUUUUGAAAUUCUCAGGUUCCACUGUACUCUCAAGUUCUGUAGUGAGCCCUUUACACUACGGAAUCAGCGCUACCCUCCAAGCCUUUUAUCUUAGGCUCUGCUAAGUCCCUGGAUGAAUCAGAAUACUAGGCGACACGUUGUUAUCUUGAUUUAAAAAGAACUUAUUAAGAGUCAGUUUCUAAGGAACAGACAUUGGACUAGCAGCCUCCUCAUUGCUGAUUUCAUCUUGUGCAAGUCAUCUUACCUCUCUGGAUCUCAGUUGCCUCAUCUGUGAAAAGGAGAUAACAAUUCUGUGCGUGUCUGAAGAUGAGGUGGAGGACCAUUGUACCCCAACACUGUGUUCUCAUGGUUACAUGUCUGCUUACUGCCUUUGAAGCUGUGCCUAUAGACAUAGACAAGACAAAAGUGCAAAAUAGUCAACCUGUGGAAAGCGCCAAGAUUGAACCACCAGACACUGGACUUUAUUAUGAUGAAUAUCUCAAGCAAGUGAUUGAUGUGCUGGAAACAGAUAACCAUUUUAGAGAAAAGCUCCAAAAAGCAGAUAUAGAAGAAAUAAAGAGUGGGAGAUUAAGCAAAGAACUGGAUUUAGUAAGUCACCAUGUAAGGACAAAGCUGGAUGAACUGAAAAGACAAGAAGUGGGAAGGUUACGGAUGCUGAUCAGAGCUAAAAUGGAUUCCGCUCAAGGUACAGGCAUGGACCACCAAGCUCUUUUAAAACAAUUUGAGCAUCUAAAUCAUCUGAAUCCUGAGAAAUUUGAAUCCACAGAUUUAGACAUGUUAAUCAAAGCGGCAACAGCUGAUUUGGAGCACUAUGAUAAGACUCGGCAUGAAGAAUUUAAAAGGUAUGAAAUGAUGAAGGAACAUGAAAGGAGAGAAUAUUUAAAAACACUGGAUGAAGAAAAGAGGAAAGAAGAAGAAUCAAAAUUUGAAGAAAUGAAGAAAAAGCAUGAAAAUCAUCCCAAAGUCAAUCAUCCAGGAAGCAAAGAUCAACUGAAAGAGGUAUGGGAAGAGACGGAUGGACUGGAUCCUAAUGACUUUGACCCCAAGACAUUUUUCAAAUUACAUGAUGUCAAUAAUGAUGGCUACCUGGAUGAACAAGAAUUAGAAGCCCUGUUUACUAAAGAGUUGGAGAAAGUGUAUGAUCCUAAAAAUGAAGAGGAUGAUAUGAUAGAAAUGGAAGAAGAAAGGCUUAGGAUGAGGGAACAUGUAAUGAAUGAGGUUGACACUAACAAAGACCGAUUAGUGACUAUGGAAGAGUUUUUGAAGGCUACAGAGAAAAAAGAAUUCUUGGAACCAGACAGCUGGGAGACAUUGGAUCAGCAACAAUUCUUUACAGAAGAAGAACUAAAAGAGUAUGAAAAAAUGAUCUCUUUACAAGAAAAUGAACUGAAGAAGAAAGCAGAUGAGCUUCAGAAACAAAAAGAAGAGCUCCAACGUCAGCACGACCAGCUUCAGGCGCAGAAGCAGGAGUACCAUCAGGUUGUACAGCAGAUGGAACAAAAGAAAUUACAACAAGGAACUCCUCCAUCAGGACCAAAUGGAGAAUUGAAGUUUGAGCCACUGAUUUGAUUAAGUGGCUUUAUGCCGUGUUAAGGGGAAACAGCAGUAAGUGAGAAAGCUCUGCCGGUUGCUUUUAAAAUAAAUAGUGCUCACUCACAAAGAUAAAUAUUCUUUCAUGGGUGCUUAUCAUCUCUCUCAAUAAUGUCUUUUUGGUAUUGACAAUUCUGGAAAAAAAAAAAUGUUUAUUCCCUAGUGCUCCCUGGAAAAUGUUCCUUAGUGUAGCAGCCUUCUGUGCUACAGAUUCUGAAAAACUUUUGUUACCACUUCAGGUCAUCUUUCUUUCACAUUUUUACUCUAUACUUUAUUAUAUAAGGUUAGGUUAUGCUACACCUAACAGAAAAACCAAAGAUAAAAGUGAUUUAAACUACAGGGGAGUUGUUUCCUUCGGCAUAACAGAGAUCUGGAAGUAGGGGUGUCUGGGUUGUGUGAGCCUGGCGCAUGGCUUGGUUUUCAACUUUGCUUCACUCUUGUGGUCCAGGCUUGUUUCUGGAGGUGGUGGGGAAGGGCAAAACCCAGGGGACUCAGCUACUUUCUUGAGAUAACUCUCCAGAAGCAGCAGCAAUACUGAAUUUCAUCUUCAGGCCUGAACCUAGGAGAGAAUUCUGUGUGUCCAUCUAAAAGCUAGGAUGGCUUUACUAAGGAGAGAGGGGGGAUAUGGGUAGACAGACUUCAGUGUUUUCACUCCAGUCAGCCUCACUGGCUGCUUGACUGUUUAUGGAAAUGCUUCUGAUACUCAGCACUCACUCGUCCCAUCCCAAAGAGGAUCCAUCCAAAGUCUACUCCAUCACCACACAUGAGCACGAAGCUCAUACUAUCUAGGUGUCAUCCUAUCCAGCAUGUUAAGGAUGGUCUCCUACAGUCUAAAAACAACUUCUCUGUCCCAAGAGCAUCACAUGAAUCAUGUGUUAGGUGUAGGA